AUGCUAUUUAUCAGUCAUGCAAAACAAUUACUAGCAGGUUCACCAUCAACGAGUCUUUCAAUUUAUUAUCGGUACUAUUGGGUUUCAUUUGAUCCAAUUAAUGUUGCUGAAGGACUUUUUGCUAUUGCAAAUAUAUUUAGUUUUUCACGUAUUUGUUUUCUACUACCAGCAUUUCAACAUUUGGGACCAUUACAAAUAUCGUUGGGUCGAAUGAUGUCUGAUAUUGGAAAAUUUAUUAUAAUAUUUUUAAUAAUAUUCUGUGGAUUUAUGUUUGGUUUAAAUAAUCUAUUUUGGUAUUAUAAAGAAACCGUAAGAAAAAAUGUUGAAAUAACACAUCAUGCUUCAGGUGAUGAUUUAUCAGCAGAAAAACAUUUUGGAACAAUGGCUACAACAUUUAAAACUGUAUUUUGGUCAUUGUUUGGUUUAGCAGAAAAAGAAGGUGUAGAAUUACAAAAAUAUAAUAAACGUUUUACAGAAAUAGUUGGAUAUUUAAUUUAUGGUGCAUUUAAUAUUGCAAAUGUUAUUGUUUUACUUAAUAUGCUUAUUGCUAUGAUGUCAAAAUCUUAUGAAACAAUCGAAGAACAUGCAGAUGUCGAAUGGAAAUUCGCUCGGAGUGGAACAUUACCAGUUCCAUUUAAUAUCAUUCCAACACCAAAAAGUGUCUAUUAUUUAUUUCGUCGAAUAUUUUCUUGUAUAAAAAGAUUAAAAGGUUCUAAUAGAGAAACAUUGGGUUCUAAUGAUACAAAUAAUUCUAUACCUCCAACAAACUAUUCAUCAGGAGCAGGUCUUCGAACACCUAAUAUGGGUGGUAAUGGUUUAACUACAGUAACUAAUAGACAAAUAACAAAUGUAAAUUUAAAUGAUACUAAUAAUUAUCGAGUACGUCAAGGUUCUUUUGAUAUAAAUCAAACAUUAACUUAUCGUAAAGUAAUGAAUCGUGUUAUAAAACGUUUUCUUUUAAAUAAACAACGUGAAGAACAAGAAGAAAUUCGUGAAGGUGAUUUUGAAGAACUGAAACAAGAUAUUCAAAUGUUACGUAUUGAAUUGUUACAUCGUUUGGAUGAAACACGUGAUAAUUUAUAUAAAAAUAGUGUUUUAUUAAAUGAAGGUGUAGUUGUUGUUGGAGAACUUGUAUCAAAUUUUAUGAAUGAUAAAAAUUCAUUAAAUAAAGAAAAUUUUCAUUUAUUUAAAAAAAGUUUUUAUUCAAGAACAGACAGUGGAGUUGAAUCUACUACAGCGACAUAUAGUACAACAUCAACGCCAAAUUUAAAUCAAUCAAUUCAUAGAUCAACACUCAAUACAAAUUCGAAACUAACAUCAAAUUUUUUACUCAAUAAUCAACAAGAAUCAGAUAUUAAUCCAAUCGAUGCAGUUAAACAUAUAUGUGCAGCACAUAUUAAAUUAUCAGAUAUUACAGAAGAAGAUGAAAAUUUACAUAAAACUUUAAAAUAUAUUGAUGAUGAUGUUGAUGAAGAUGUUGAAACUCGACAUGUAACAAAAGGAACAUCAACAGAUAAUGAUGAAGUAUUUUCUUCGAAAUAUUAA